AUGUCUUUCCAUAUGAACUAUAUCCUUAGCAAAAAUAUUGGAAAAAAAAAGGAUAAAAUUAUGGCAGUGAACAAUGAAGGCAAAGAAGCACUGGGCAAAUUGGGCGAUAACGCAAAUCUAGUAAACUCUUUAUUCAGUACUGCUUCUGCAAAUUGCACUUUUUACCAACCUGUUCCCCCUUCAUUCGCUGAAUUACAGUUGCUAUUUGGGCUGCAUGUCCGACGGCAAUACAUCAAAAGAACUCGCAAAACAAUUAUUGAUCGUAAACCACGACAGGCUUAUAGCACGAAACAACUAGAAUUACUAGAAAAAGAAUUUAUGAUUGACAAAUAUCUGAAUAUCCAUAAAAGAAUGGAUUUGUCAAAGGCACUUAAUCUUACCGAGGCUCAAAUCAAGACCUGGUUUCAAAAUCGUAGGACUAAAUGGAAGAAACAGGUAGUGUCAUCGUUGAAAGAACUGGUCAAAAUGAAAGCUUUAAUCGAUCCCAUCGAUUCGCAUCUUAAUUCCUUGACGAUUUAUCUUCGCGCCUUUGAUAAAUUGAAAUAG